GAGGUUCUCGUUACCGGCGGAGUCGGAUUUCUCUGCCUCUCCCCUCAUGUCCUUGUUAUUCUUAGACCCGUCUCCACGCACGUCCACAUCACGCGCGUCAUCCGCUUCUUCCCUUUUAGAACCUCAUUACUCCGCUACUGUAUGCUGCUGCUGCUGCUUCGCGGAUAUAUUAAAGCCGACGGGAGAAAAACACAAAAAAAUAUCGUAGGCCCCACUCGCAUCCCCGGGCUUGCCUAGCUGCCCAGCCGGCCUCCAGCGCGCCCUUUCCCCCAUCGCCGCCGCCUCUUACCCCCCCCCCCCCUCUUCACCGUGGCUCGGCAGACGAGGAGGUGCCUGGCUUGAUCAUGAGGAGCCGGAGCAACUCGGGGGUCCGUCUGGAUGGAUAUGCGCGUCUUGUGCAGCAGACGAUCUUGUGUCACCAGAACGCUGUCACAGGGCUGUUGCCCGCCAGCCCAGAGCAGCCGGAUGCGUGGGUGCGAGACAAUGUGUACUGCAUCUUGGCAGUGUGGGGGCUCGGCAUGGCGUACCGCAAGAACGCCGACCGAGAUGAGGACAAGGCCAAGGCCUAUGAGCUGGAGCAGAGCGUGGUGAAGCUUAUGCGAGGGCUGCUACAGUGCAUGAUGAGACAGGUGGACAAGGUGGAGAAGUUCAAGGUGACCCAGAGCGCCACGGACUGCCUGCAUGCCAAGUACAACACGGCCACGUGCAGCACGGUGGUUGGGGAUGACCAGUGGGGUCACCUGCAGGUGGACGCCACCUCCCUCUACCUGCUCAUCCUCGCUCAGAUGACUGCUUCAGGACUGAGAAUUAUUUUCACACUGGAUGAAGUGGCCUUCAUACAGAACCUGGUGUUUUACAUUGAGGCAGCAUACAAAGUGGCGGAUUAUGGGAUGUGGGAGAGAGGUGACAAGACCAACCAAGGCAUCCCUGAGCUCAAUGCCAGCUCCAUUGGCACUGCCAAGGCUGCGCUGGAGGCCAUCGACGAGUUGGAUUUGUUUGGAGCACAUGGGGGCCCCAAGUCCAUCAUCCAUGUGCUUCCUGACGAAGUCCAGCACUGCCAGUCGAUCCUGCACUCCAUGCUGCCACGGGCGUCCACGUCCAAAGAAAUCGAUGCGGGGCUGCUUUCCAUCAUUUCCUACCCCGCGUUCGCCGUCGAGGACAUAGACCUUGUGAUGAUCACCAAGGAUGAGAUCACCUCCAAGUUGCAGGGCCGCUAUGGUUGUUGUCGCUUCCUCAGAGACGGACACAAAACCCCGCGAGAGGACCCAAGCCGUCUGUACUACGAGCCUGCCGAGCUCAAGCUGUUUGAGAACAUUGAGUGCGAGUGGCCAGUGUUCUGGACAUACUUCAUCAUCGACGGCGUCUUCAUGAACAACCACGAGCAGGUUGAGGAGUAUCGAGAAGCCUUGGAGGCCAUCCUCGUCCGAGGGAAGAACGGGCUGCGGUAUCUGCCGGAGCUGUACUGCGUACCCCCUGACAAGAUGGAGGAGGAGUACCGCAAGCCGCACACGGUGGACCGGGUUUCUGCUGGGAAGCUGCCGCACAUGUGGGGGCAGUCUCUGUAUAUCCUCAGCAGCCUGCUGGCAGAGGGAUUCCUGGCUCCCGGUGAAAUCGACCCUCUCAACAGACGCCUGUCGACUAUUCCCAAGCCAGAUGUCGUCGUGCAAGUGGCAGUCCUGGCCGAGACGAAUGAGAUCAAGGAGAUCCUGCAGAGCCACGGCUUCAUGGUGGAGACCACGGCAGACGUCCACCCAAUCCGCGUGCAGCCAGCGCGCAUCCUUAGCCACAUCUAUGCCCGUCUGGGCCGCAACAAGAAGCUGAAGCUGUCUGGCCGCCCGUACCAUCACAUUGGCGUCCUGGGAACAUCUAAGCUCUACGUCAUCCGCAACAACAUCUUCGCCUUCACUCCCCAGUUCAUAGAUGAGCAGCAGUUCUACCUGGCCUUGGACAGCCGCAUGAUCGUGGAGAUGCUGCGCACGGAUCUGUCGUACCUGUGUUCACGCUGGCGCAUGACUGGGAGGCCCACUGUCACGUUCCCCGUCACGCACACCAUGCUCACGGAGAACGGCAAGGAGGUUGACCCUGCCGUGUUGGCCACCUUGAGGAAACUCCAAGACGGCUAUUUUGCCGGAGCGAGGGUGCAGGCAGGCAGGUUGUCGGAGUUUCUGACCACCUCUUGUUACACAGCCCUGAGCUUCAUGGACCCCGGUCCUGACGGUAAGAUGUUUGACGAUGACUCUGACGAUGUCAGCACGGUGCAGCACGCAUGCAGCGGCAGUGGCCACUGGCGGCGCGGCAGCUCCUCCCGCCUGCACGCAAGCCCCGCUCCGCCAAGCUGCUGUGACUCAGAUGAAACGGACGAGCACGACGAGCUGUCCGUGUAUCUACGUCACCUCAUCGACAGCUCGGGGCCCAAGUCGCGCCUGCCACCCACAGCCGGCGGCAAGGCCGGGCCGCAGAGGUUCCGCGCCGCCGCAUACACGAUGCGCGACAUCGUCAGCCUGGUGUCGCACGCCCGCGGUCUCGACGUGCCCAAUGUGUCGAUGUACCUGCCCACGAAUGUGCUUGUUGGACCCAGAGCAACGCCAAACCUUGUGGAGGUUCCACCACCGGCACAGGAUGAGAAGGAGGCCCUGCACCACGUGCGAGGCACCAUCGAGAUGCCGCGCGACGCGCACGGCAGCAUCGACGUGCAGGCGCUUGUGGAACAGCUCAAGGAGUGCCCCAGCCUGCACGACCAAGUGGACAUCCUCUACAUCCUCUUCGUGGUCAAGGGUGCGGAUUGGGACACGCGCAUCUCGGGCCACGACGGCACAACCGUGCGGGACCUGCUGAGCGAGGUCUAUCGCAAGGCUGGAUCCAGCCAGCAGUGGGCGCUCAUCCGGUACAUCUCGGGCAUGUUGCGCAAGAAGGUGGAGGUCCUCGCUGAGGCCGCGACAGACUUGCUGUCUCAUCAGAAGCAGCUGACGGUUGGACUCCCUCCUGAGCCACGGGAGAAGACAAUCACGACGCCUCUCCCUCCCGAUGAAUUCACAAAGCUGAUAUACGAGGCGUGCGGUCAAGACAUCAGCAUCGCCGUCCUCACCCAGGAGAUCAUUGUGUACCUGGCGAUGUACGUGCGGACUCAGCCCAGCCUCUUUGUGGAAAUGCUCCGGCUGAGGAUCGGCCUCAUCAUCCAGGUCAUGGCCACGGAGCUCGCUCGCAGCCUCAAGUGCUCCGGAGAGGAGGCCUCCGAGAGCCUCAUGAACCUCAGCCCAUCCGACAUGAAGAAUCUCCUGCACCACAUCCUGAGUGGCAAGGAGUUUGGCGUAGAGCGCAGCGUGCGCUCGGUGCAGUCGUCGGCCGUCUCCAGCCCGGGAAUCUCCAUCCGAGGGGUGGACCACACAGGCGCCACCAAGACUGAGCGAGCUGGCAUCAGCAAGCUGAAGAGCCAGAUGAAGCAGUCCACUUGGUUUGGUCAGUCGUUUGCCGGUGGUGAUGCCUACUCCCCCCAAUCGACGCACGCGAGCACGCCGUCGAGCCCCACGGCGACGGGAGAGACGUCACCGCUGGGCGCCGUGCUGGAGCAGCCAGCGUGGUAUGACCGCCAGGGCCAGUGGCUGCGACGCCGGCGUCUCGACGGCGCGCUCAACCGUGUGCCCAUCGGCUUCUACCAGAAGGUCUGGAAGGUCCUGGAGAAGUGUCACGGUCUCUCCAUUGAUGGAUUUGUGCUGCCUUCCUCUGCUACAAGAGAGAUGACGCCGGGAGAGCUGAAGUUUGCGGUGCACGUGGAGUCGGUGCUGAACCGCGUGCCGCAGCCUGAGUACCGGCAGCUGCUGGUGGAGGCCAUCCUGGUGCUCACACUGCUCAGCGACAUGGAUAUCCACACGCUGGGUGGGAUUAUCCACAUCGACCGCAUCGUGCACAUCGCCAACGAGUUCUUCAUCAGUGACCAGAGGUCUCUGGGUGCUGACGACAACAUGCUGGCCAUGGACCCGAACACGAAGAUCUGCCACCUGCUGUACGACAGCGCUCCGAGUGGGCGCUAUGGCAGCAUGACGUACCUGUCCAAGGCGGUGGCGACAUACGUGCAGGACUUCCUGCCCAGCGCUGGCUGCUUCGUGCAGUGACAAGUGCCGCCCCUCCCCCCGAGACCUCGGCUGCAGUCGUAACGUUGAGCUCCGUAGGUUUGUUUUUCGUCGAGUGAAAAAAUGUGCUGCUUGGUGUUUAAGCAUUUCAUUUGCAGAUUUAAUAAUUUAUUGUUACUUUCGUUUUUUUUUAUUGACGGUGACAUCCGAAACGGUACGUUUGUCACACCACGCACGGUCGAAUUAACAUUACGCAUGGGUGCGCUGACCACAAACAGCAGGAAGGCACGACUCCCCAUCACGCCUUGCACGCUUGGCAUGUGACCGCCACAUUGUAUGCGCAAUUCUCACGGCCUUGUCUCAGCCUCUUCGGCGCGAGUCGCGUGUGCGAGCCGCAUGUACGAGCUUGUGUGCGGAUGAGAAUUGUGUGUCGCCUUCCUGCCAUUUGUGAGCAUCACCGUAACCUUUGCGAGUUGCUUUUUCUGUUUGUUUCCAGCCUACAUGUGCUGAUGUCGAUUGAGACUAUUGCAUUUGUGAAUGUUAUAUCUGCAGGUAUCGCAAAUCCCAGUAACAUUGAGCUAUCUAACCCUAGACACGUGUAACGCUUUACAUGUUAAUUAAUUAAAAUUGGUUCUUAAAACAAUAUGCAAACUCCGUGCAAUCGUGGUACCAUUAGACGAAUGGAACGGACAUGACAACACAGAAUGUGACAGUUGUACAAAGUCCUCUUUUGCGUGACAAAAGAGUUGACUUUCGAGUUAUUGGGAAUUUCAUUGAACCACAUGAGGAGUGAAUCUUUGCAAUCCUGGACAAGGAUGCGUGGGGGGCAUUGCUCGGCUCUCAUGAGUACAGGCAGCAAGGGGUCAUUGUUUCAGGAGUGUUUGAUUUGUAAGCGAAAUAGACGUGUGCAGGUUUUGAUGUCAAAAGGGCCUGGAAGAAGGUACAUUUGUUUACUGUGUUAUUGUUACAUAUAGACAUCAUUUCUAUCUUACGUGUAACAUAAUGAUUAUUUGUUGGCCGACUGUGUGCCCCUCCUGUUGUGUAAAAAAGCAAGGUUCUCUGGGGUGGUGUGUGAUUUGUGUUUCUGCUCACCUGUUGCCCCGAAAACCAUGCAUGUGCACGUGAACUUUAUGCGAUGUUCGAGUGGAAAUUGACAAAUUAUUUGCUCAACUUUUUACUCGCCACUUGCACUUUCCUGUCUCACGGUGGAAGUACCGAGGCUGCGAGUUGCACAGCUGGAGUUAUGGGUCGAUGAGUGUACACAAAUGCUAAUAAAAAAUAUAUCCUCUGCGCAUCGCCAUUCAUGUGGAGGAGUGGUAGCUCAGUGAUUCAUGUGCUGUUUUGCAGUCUCGGGGAACCAGGUUAAAUUCCCUCUGGUAAUCUCGUCAAAAUGUUACCUCGCCUACACCUUCCACAGUUUGACUGUGUUAAACGAGUACCUGGUGCGCAAUGCUGUGGCUUCAUUCUCAACGCAGAGAAGAAUCGGGUUGCUCGGCAUGCCGCAGUAUGAGCUGCACCUAUUUGAGGGUGCCGCUGGGCGUUAUGGUUGUUUUGCCUUCGCUUGUCCUGAAUGUUUGUGACGCUGAGUGAAGGCUCUUUUGGUGUUGUCUGUAUGCGUAUUGUGUGCAAAGGUUUCGGCACUCUCACUUCGGACGUGCUUGAUAUCGUCAGUGACUGGAGCACGUCAGUGUAAUAGGCCACAGGGCUUAUGGAAAUGGGCAUUGCUAUGUGCCAAUUCUGCAGUCGCAUCCAAACAUAAACUGGAUCUUUCUCUAGCUCCGUGUUAAAAUCGCAGAACUAAAUACUGUAACGAGUUGGAACUAGAGUGAGUUCAUAUUAAUUUUGUUCACCAAUUACUACAUCGUCCGUAUAGGCCUGGUUCCAGCUCAUCAUAUAUAUAUAACGAUGACUUUCCGCUAAGAAAAGUGAACUUGGGUUUGUUGAAGGUGUAUUUGGUGGUGCAGCACAUAUCCCAGCACCCCACGAGUGCCAGCCCCAUGUUGCUACAGGCUUUGAUUGUAUGUGUACGAAUGUUACAUGUCUUGGCAAUGAUUUCCCAUGGGCUGGGCUUGUUUAUACAUUUGCUGCAGUUUAAAUUAUUGAUUACGUCUGAUAAUGUAGCUGACAGUGGUGCUAUGUUCAUCGACUAAAAAGUAAGUUUAAACAUCUUGACUUAAAGCUUUCGUGACCGCAGGAAUUCGUAUUAUUUGGGUCUUUCGGUAAAGUCACAUAGAUAGGUUCAAAUUAAUAAAAAAUAAAAUUAACAAAAAACUACGACGUUUCGAUCGCAACACAAGCGGUCUCGUCAUCAAGCGCCUGAUGACGACCCAAAGAAUAAGUUUAAACAUUUGAAAUUCUGUAACUUGCUAAAUUGGAUAAAUCAUAUCCUACAACUAAUUUAACCAUUACAAAACAGCCAAUGGAACAAUAUAGAAAGGGAGGAAUUAUCCUUACAGAUAUUUCUGACUAAAAUGUGUAAAUUAGUUCUGCGGUUAGUGUCUGGCGCAGAAGUUGAGGUGCUACGCUAUGAGCCCCUGCAAUUUUGAUUGAUUUACAGACACCGUGAGUAUGACAUUUAAACUGAAUGACAUUUCAACUCAAUCUGCCACCCCACCUUCACCACCCCACACUUACCAUAAUGGUGAUGUAUGUUAAACAAAAAAAAUCCCAUUAUCAACAAGGCAUGGGGAGGCGUUAACUAAGCAAUUUAUUGGCAAAAGCCCAAAAUAUACAACUUUUGGUGAAAUUUAUGAGAAGCGUUUCAGUUUUCCAACGAUUGUGAUUGUAAAAAAUGUAAUUAUGCAGGACGAUGAAUGAUGCGGAGAGCGAGCACUUUUGAAGGUUACGACGGGGUUGUUUUUAAGCACUUAAGAGACAUGCUCGUCAGCGUUCAGCUGCGUGAGUUGGCCCUAUUUGUAGUUUAAUAGAUGGCGCUGUUAAAGCAUGUGGAUGCAAGUCGAUGCAAUUUGCCGUGAUUACAAUAAUUACAUUUAUAUAGCAUGUUUAAUCAAGGAUCUCGAAGUGCUGUACAGGACACAGCAGCAGCAGACAGCAUAAUAAUAUAAAUACAUUUAACAAAAAAAUGUAAUACGAUGUAUGCAGUCACUUGUUUCAUUCGCCGAGUCUGAUUUCGUUUCAACAUUGCAACUCGCUCGCAUUAUUCGUGUUCACGUUUCCAUGUGCACGUUUGUGCAAAUUAUUUUUUCUCCACAUUUCAAAAGCACGCACGAGGAGACACGUAAACGGGGCAUCUCCUCUGCACACCGCCCCCUUAUCCCUUAACAAUGUUUUGAGUUGCAACGCCUCGUUCGGGGAUGGAAUUGCCCACUAUCUGCACCUCCUGGGGCGUUGGAAAUAAAUAAAUAAACACGCAGAUAUUUACAGUACAUGACCGAAUUGCGUCUAAAACCCAAUAGUUUGAUGUUUAACACAGUAGUAGUAGGCUUUCGCGAUCAACGUGCAUAAGAGGUUAUAUAUGUCGGUAAACCCGCCACCUCCCGAAACAGCGAAUUAGUAAGGUUUUUUCACGUAAACAAAACAUGCAAAUUCGUUACGACCUACAAUAUUUACAAUUCGAGUACGACGUUUUGCCAGUAAUUACAACUUGCAUCAUCAGGCGACAGCCAUAGUUGUGGAGAAAUCCUGUUUCGGUCUUAAAUAGAGAGGUGCGGGGGGGGGUAAUGUGUUCAUAUAAAUUACAAUGGACCAAUUACCGGUUGGGUUAUUCAUGUGCAUGCGCAAUGCACAUACAUUAUGCACGCACACCAUGCAUGCGCAUCCUGGGGUUGAUGUUGCUGACUUGUGGAAACCCCCCCCCCCACCACCUCUGCCCUCUAUGGCAAACGAUCUCAUCACCAGCACAACGCUGCUGUUGAUUCGUGUGAUCCAAGCUUUUCAUAACUCUCCAAGACCAGAAAAAGUACAUGGAAGCCGCUGGGCGAACCUCUUUAUUAAAAGCGAGUGAUAAUAAUGACGAACCGUUUUACGUUUGCCUGUACACAACUCACUCCCUGUACGAUGUAUUGUUUUCCUUGACCUGCAGUUUUUCUCCAAUUAAAACAUUACUUUGCUGACA